AUGGGUGUUUUCAUUCCACAUUACAAGCUUUCGAAGCUAAAGGAGUACAGGUCGAUUAUCUCUAAGUAUACUUUGAAGCCAUUCUGGUCUCAAUUUGUGAAAAUUUUUCCAUUAUGGAUGGCACCUAAUGUUGUUACGCUUUCAGGGUUUGGAUUCAUCAUUGUUAAUGUUUUGACAGUCUUGUACUUAAAUCCAACCUUAGAUCAAGAACAGCCACGUUGGGCAUACUUUUCGUAUGCGUUAGGUCUCUUCUUGUAUCAAACGUUUGAUGCAUGUGAUGGAGCACAUGCACGUCGGACAGGCCAAUCGGGGCCGUUGGGUGAAUUGUUUGAUCAUUGUAUUGAUGCAUUGAACACUACUCUGUCAAUGUUUAUAUUUUGUUCUGUGUGUGGCGUUGGAUAUAAACCGAUGAUACUUUUCAUCCAGUUCGCUUUGUUGUGCAACUUCUAUUUGAGUACUUGGGAAGAAUAUCAUACUCACAAACUAUUUCUAAGUGAAUUCAGUGGGCCUGUCGAGGGUAUUUUGUUGAUUGUUGCGUCUUUCAUUAUCACAGGUAUUUAUGGACCACAGAAAGUUUGGCACAGAGAGCUAUUUGCGUUCCAAUUGUUUGAACAGGACUUUGUGUUAGAAUCUAUGCAUGUAAUGUUCUUCUUAUCAGGUAUCGGACUUAUUUUCAAUAUCUUAUCUGCCAGAAGAAAUGUCGUUGAGCAUUACCUCAAGAGCUCUGGUACUGCAGAAUCAAAAACAGCCAACAUCAAGGCUGCUGAUAGAGGUUUGCUGCCAUUUUUCAUUUAUUUCGCUACCGUGUUUUUAACUGCAUUCCUUCAGCCAAAGUUUAUUGCACUACCGUUCAUCAUGAGUAUUGGCCUAACGAUGGCUUUCACUGUUGGUAGAAUCAUCAUUGGACAUUUAACAGAUCAAGAAUUCCCAAUGAGGCAUCCACUCAUGUUUAUUCCAUCUCUUCAACUGAUCAUAUGCUACGUAUUUGUUUACGGUUUGAAAUAUGAUUCUAACGCCAUUGUCAAUGACUUGAACUGGUUUGGGUUCGGACUAACUUUGGGUAUUCACGGAAUGUUCAUAACAGAGGUCAUUUAUGAAUUCACAACAUAUUUGGAUAUCUACGCUCUUUCCAUCAAGCAUCCGAAGAAGGUUGAGUAA